AUGUCUUCAUCGGAACCGGUGGAUCGCUCUCAACACUUGACGGGGCCGUUGGAACCAGCCCUCGACCGUACCAGAUCCAACAAUCUCAAUGACAUAUAUAGAAGCGUGUCGCAUUACACUGAGGCCUCCGUGUUUAUGGGUGACAAGGACAGAGUUGCCGAAGGCAAACAAGAAUCCUCUGGAAGUGGGUCGCAGGCUACGUUUCCUGCCGGUCCUCCUGGACCACCAACUCAGCAGCAGAAACGCAAAGUGAGUUUUUUCUCUAGAGAGUUCCUCGGGUACAGAAAGCGCUUUUUCAAAACAUAUCCCGUUAUGUUGCUGAUCAUGCUCACGUGCAUGUUUGGAAUUUUUUCCAUCUAUUGGGGCUCUAUGUACCAGCGCAAUUCGAGGUUCAAGAACCUGAAGAUGCUGGUAGUGGUCGAAGAUCCUGUUGAUGGACAUUUGCCUGUAUUCAGCCAGGCCAUCAAUGAGACAUCGUAUAUUGAAUCUGUCAAGUACAGGGGAGACUGGAAAGUUAUGACUCACAGCGAUGUCACGGAAAUGACUGGCAUAGCUGAUCCAAGGGGUGCCACGUAUCGUUUGAUUCAUCAUCAGAAGUACUGGUCUGCCGUUUAUGUGAACGCCAACGCCACCAGCAAUUAUGCGACUGCCCUGGAAGACGCAGACUCGUCGUUCAGACUCAAUGGCUCGGUUGUUGAGGUAAUCUAUGAGACUGGAAGGGAUAUGACGGCUAUGCAAUCUUACGUCACACCCGGAGUCAAGGUCUUUGAAGAAACUUUUCUGAGUCUUUCUGCGGCGUCUGCGAUCAAGCCACUUACGGCCAACCUCAGCUCCUCGGCCUUGACCAAGGUAGCCAAAGACACCACUCUCCUGUCGCAAGUUCCCACGUUUACGUACACAGACGAAAAACCAAUCACGAACCCGGUAGUGCUGGCGCCUUCCCAGAUCGGGCUCAUUUAUCUGAUCAUUUUGACGUUUUUCCAGUUCAACUUUUUCAUCAAGUUGCAUGGGGAAAUGGCCCAUCACAUGAACACGACUCAUUACUUGGUGUAUCGUUUGUUAAGUGCACACGGUGCCUACUUAGUUUUGUCGCUGGGAUAUUCCGCCAUCUCAGCAGCAUUCCAGGUCGAUUUUAGUCAGGCAUACAAAGGUGGGUUUGGAGUCCAGUGGAUGGUCUCGUAUCUUACCAUGGCAGCUGUGGGAGGAGCCAAUGAGAACAUUGCAUUAAUCUGUUUUGCUACUAUGCCUCCGUUAGUGGGAUUCUGGAUGUUGUUCUGGGUCAUCUUCAAUAUUUCUCCUACGUUCUCGCCAAUUGUGUUAUGUCCAGACUUCUACAGAUACGGUUACAUGACGCCCAUUCACAACUCGUACGAAGCGACGAAGGUGAUCAUCUUUAACACAUGGAAGGGAGAGCUGGGCAGAAACAUCGGAAUCUUAAUUGCGUGGAUAGUUAUCCACACAUUGGUGUUUCCGCUUUGUGUCAUGUUUUUCGCCUGGAGAGCUCAGAAGCCAGGAACGGCUGCAUUCGGAGCAACCAGGGCCCCUCCACCAAUUGCUUUACCUGAAAAAAAUAUCGACAAAGAGGAAUUAGCAUAG